AUAACCACGGCGACAGCUAUAGAGGCACCCGUCCCUUUGCUCACUGAACUCACUCACACACUGCUGCUCGCUAUCAUCCCACCGCUCCUGUUAUGGCGAAGCAUUCGACGUACGCGGUCGCCGCCAUCUUGGCCGUGGCGCUCAUCCUCCCGGCCAUCGCGCUUGCCGCGCGCGACGUCGCCGGCAUCAAGCGGGGGUUCGUCGUCCAGGGCCGCGUCUUCUGCGACACUUGCCGCGCAGGGUUCGAGACGCCGGCGUCGACCUACAUCAGAGGUGCAAAGGUGAGCGUUGAGUGCCGAUCGAGAAUCACCGGUGCAAAGACAUGCAGUUUCGACGGCACAACCGAUCACACUGGCACCUACAACAUCCUCAUAGCAGACGAGCAUGAUGACCAUGAGAUCUGUGAAUCUGUGCUCGUUAGCAGCCCAGAAAGUGGAUGCAAGACUGUCCUCCGAGGUCGCGAGAGGGCUCGUGUGUUCCUCAGCCGCAACAAUGGCAUUGCAUCAGACACCAGAUUUGCAAACUCACUCGGUUUCACCAAGGACACUCCCCUGUCGAUCUGCACCCAGCUGCUUAAGACGUAUGAGCAAUACGAAGUUUAAUAGAAAAUCUAGCUUACCUCUGUGCUACUUCGUUUGGUGCGCUAAUGGUUCCUUAAGAAUUUGAAUUCUCAUGGUACUCUAUUGGAUCUAUGUGACAUUCUGUAUUAACCGUGUCACUGCUGGUGAUUAAUAUCUGCUACAACUCUGCUGUAUUGCCUUC